AUGAUACUGUUUUGCGGCGAGAGUAAAUCGGUUGAUACGGAAACAGUGGACGAAUGGCGUAUAAAAGUCAAACAAUUAAUUUCUUCUUAUGAGCCACGAAAUAUUUACAAUGCAGAUGAAACAGGAUUAUUUUAUAAAAUUCUUCCUAAUAAAACAAUAAGUUUUAAAAAUGAAAUUUGUAUUUCUGGGAAAAAGUCUAAAGAAAGAUUGACGGUCAUGUUAUGCGUUAAUUUAAUAGGUGAAUUUGAAAAGCCACUAAUCAUAGGUAAAUCUAAGAAACCUCGUUGCUUUAAGAAUGUGGACAUAAAACGCUUAGACCUACACUGGGAGGCAAAUAAAAAUGCAUGGAUGACACGAUGUAUAAUGACUGAGUGGUUAAUGUGGUUUGAUGAAAAAAUGAAAAAACAAAAGCGUAAAAUUAUUUUGUUUUUAGAUAAUGCAACAUCACAUCCUGAUUUAAAACUACAAAACAUAAACUUAGUAUUUUUACCACCAAAUACGACGUCACACUGUCAGCCUUUAGAUCAAGGUAUAAUCCAAAAUUUUAAAGUUAUUUACCGACAAAUGAUACUUAGGUGA